GGUUAAAACGCUCUCUCUUCUUUCUCUCUCUCCCUCAAUCUCUCUAUCGCUUCUUCAAAUUUAGACCCUUUCCCUCAAAAACCCUUCAAAACACCAAAUGGGGCUUUAGAAAUUCCAGAAAGGAAGCUCCUUUAGGGGUUGCUAGGGAGGAAGGAAGAGAGCUCAAUCAGUUUCUCGAAACAGAGGUCUCUGGAUUGAACAACGUAUUGAUUCUGAUUCUGCUCCUGGUUCUGGGUGUUGAUCAGUUGGGUCUCUGUAAUUUCUUUCUGUAGUUAGAGAAAUGGGUCGAGGGAAGAUUGAAAUCAAAAGGAUCGAGAAUGCCAACAGCCGGCAAGUCACAUUCUCCAAGAGGCGUAAUGGAUUGCUUAAGAAGGCUCAUGAACUUGCUAUUCUCUGUGACGCCGAGGUUGCUGUGAUCAUUUUCUCAAAUACAGGGAAGCUUUUCGAGUUUUCGAGUUCUGGUAUGAUGAGAACACUUUCAAGAUACAACAAAUGCUUUAACCCUUCAGAAGCUGCUGUGAUGGAAUGUAAGACAGAGAAGGAAGAUCCUAAGACAGUGCAGACUCUGAAAGAUGAAAUUUUAAAGCUAGAAAAAAAGCAGUUACGCUUGUUAGGUAAGGACCUGACAGGGUUGAAUUUGAAGGAAUUGCACCAGCUAGAGCAGCAACUGAAUGAAGCAUUAUUUUCUGUCAAGGAGAAGAAGGAGGAAUUGCUUAUGGAGCAACUGGAGCAGUCGAGAGUACAGGAACAAAGGGCUAUGUUGGAGAAUGAAACUUUGCGCAGACAGGUUGAGGAGCUUCGCUGUUUGUUUCCAAUAACUGAGCAUGUGGUCCCUUCUUUUCUUCAAUACCAUCAUAUGGAAAGAAGGGACGUCCCUGUAAAUAAUGGUAUCAUAUGUUCCAACUUGGCCAGCAACUGUGAAAAUGAGAAUGGAGAUUCAGACACUACCUUGCAUUUAGGGUUGCCCACUGAUGUUCAUCACAAGAGGAAGGCACCUGAGAAAGAAACAUUCUCCAAUGACUCUGAAUCUCAAAUGGCUCUACUCUGAUCCCAAUAUUUGACCAACUUAAAUCAAAAUUAAAAAUAAAACAUGGGACUAGUUUAGUGCAGUUAUAGUUGUGCACAGUAAGAGUUUAGACUACAGGUGAAAGGUAGGAUCCCUAGUGUAGGUGACCCCUCCCAACUCAUAAGAAGUAGAUUUUGGCUCUCCUCAUGUAGGAGAUUUGCAGGAUGCAGAAAAUUUUUUCCCCAGUUUUCUUACCAAAUUUCAGUGAAAUGAGCUGGGAAAAAUGAAAAUUAUGAACCUUGUUUUGAAAUAUCUCCGGAAGAGGAUGGUGCUUUUCAGGUUUAUUUAUAUCAA